AUGCGACCGUCUGUGGCGACAAUAAUAGUAGCUUUAAAUAUAUAUUUGCAAGUCAGCAACGCACUCUCAGAGUCUACUCCAGCGUCUCAAGUAUGUAUAAUUGGAGCUGGUUAUUCAGGUUUAGCCACCGCGCGGUACAUGAAGAAUUAUGGCCUUAAUUUCAAAGUGUUCGAAGGCACCAGCUUCAUUGGAGGUACUUGGAGAUUUGAUCCUAGAACCGAAACUGAUGAAUUUGGGAUGCCUUUGUUUACGAAUCAAUAUAAGAACUUAAGAACAAACGCACCCACACAGGUGAUGGAAUUCAAUGGUUACCCUUUUCCAGAAGGUUCAGUAUCUUAUGCAAGUGGUAGCUGCUUCUAUAAGUACUUACUGUCCUUUGCUGAACAUUUCGACUUGGUGAAGAAUGUCCAGUUUCGUAGUCACGUUAAAUGGGUAGAAUGGAUGGGCAAAAGUUGGAAUCUCACAUAUUUAAAGACAGACACCAAUGUAACUGUGACGGAAAAAUGUGCAUUCGUAGUUGUUGCGAGCGGCGAGUACAACAAUCCCUAUAUACCUCAUUUUGAAGGACAAGAAUUAUACAAAGGAAAAGUGAUGCAUAGUCACGCCUACAAAGAUGUUGAAGAUUACAGAGGUCAACGUGUGUUAGUGAUAGGUGGUGGACCUUCAGGAAUUGAUUUAGGCACACAACUGGCUAAUGUAACGUCGAAGUUGGUGCACAGUCAUCAUAUACUGAAAAACUUUCAAACCUUCAAUCCACCAAAUUUCCCUAAGGCUUAUAUAAAUAAACCAGAUUUAAAACAUUUCACACCAAAUGGUGCUGUAUUUGAGGACGAUACCUUUGAAGACGUCGAUAUUGUCAUAUAUUGCACAGGUUACAAAUACCACCUUCCAUUCUUGAACCAUUUAUCCAGCGGAAUUACUGCAACAGAGAACUAUGUGCUCCCACUGUAUCAACAGGUGGUGAAUAUAAACCAGCCCACAAUGACAUUCGUAGGAGUAUCCAAGACUACAUUUGCGAGAAUUCUGGAUGUACAGGCUGAAUAUUCGGCGGCGUUAGCAGCAGGCCGUUUUAAUUUACCCUCUCAAGAUAAGAUGCUACGCCACUGGCUCGAACACGCACACAUGCUGAGACAGGAAGGUUUUAAAAUCACAGAUGUCAACAGCGUUGGACAUGAUGAGCUUGAAUACUUUGAAGAUCUACAUAAAGAAGCUGGUAUUCAGAGGGUGCCUUUUGUAUUCAAAGCCCUUACUCAGUUCAACAUAAAGAAUGCGCUUGAGGACCUUUUACAUUUUCGUGAUUAUGAUUACAAGAUUGUUAGCGAUACUCAAUAUGAAAGACGUCAUAAUCCUAGAAAGGAGGUAUGCCCUUUUGAUGUAUGA